CUUACUGGAGCUCAAAGGUUCUCACGUUACACUCUACUGCUUUCCGAUUCGUUGACGGGUUUAAAGGCCAUUUCCAACACUUCAAAAUGUAUGUGUAAUCUGGGAAGAAAACUUUGGACUACCUGUGUUCAACUUGUACGUUCAAACAGAGGUUUGGUGUUCCCUGCCAAAGUCCUCAACCUCUUCGGACAAACAGAGCAACCAAAAUGUCUGUACUCAGUGGAGUCGAACUAGAACCUCCGCCAAAAGGUUUGAUGGAAGCAUACCAGACCCUCUUCACUACCAAGUCCAUACUGUUCCUCACAGAGCUGACUACCACAUUUCAAGGAGAGGUUGACAGGAUACUAAAGCUCAGGAUCUCCAGGAAGGUUUCUCUUGACCUGACGGGAGAUUUGCCGGGAUUCUCAGAUGAAACGGCUCACGUCCGCAACGACGCGACAUGGAAGGUGCUCCCAGUACCCGAAAGACUGAGGAAGAGGCAUGUGGACAUUGGAGACCUGGCGCCCUGCGAUACAGAACGGUUUAUGCAGGGCCUGAGAUCCUCAGCGCAGGGCAUCCAGGUGGAUUUUGAUGAUGGAAACUGCCCAACAUAUCAUAAUCAGAUCAAGGGAAUUUAUAAUGUUUUCAAGGUAGUUCAUAAUCAGUUUCAUGAUGCCCCACCAAUCUCCCAGGCUCCUGUUCUGAUGCUCCGCCCACGAGCCUGGAACAUGGUGGAGCACAACAUGAUGGUGAAUGGAAAGCAGGUGCCUGGGCCUCUGUUUGAUUUUGGGCUGUUGAUGUUUCACUGUGGGAUGCAGCUUUUCGAAAACAACAGCGGACCUUUCUUUUAUCUGUCCAAGAUUGAAAACCAUCUUGAGGCAAGACUGUGGAACAAUAUAUUUCUUUGGACUGAAGAUAAGCUGGGCCUGCCGGUGGGCAGCGUCAAAGCCACAGUGUUGAUUGAAAGCGUGCUGGCUACCUUUGAGAUGGAGGAGAUUCUGUAUGAGCUCCGGGACCACUCUGCCGGCCUAAACUGUGGCAUCUGGGACUACUCUGCCUCCUUUGUCAACAAGUUUGGUCACCGCCCUGCGUUCCUGCUCCCUGACCGCAGCAAGUACGUGAACAUGGAGAAGCAGUUCCUGAAGUCCUACAUGGACCUGCUGGUGCAGACCUGCCAUAGACGAGGGGCGCUGGCCACGGGAGGCAUGGCCGCGCUGCUGCUGCCCAGGGACAAAAACAGCGCCCUCUACAGCAAGGUCCUCGCUACUGUCACCAGGUUAAAAUUACUGGAGGUCAGUGCUGGAGUUGAUGGUUUUAUGGUCUAUGAUCUGGACUUGAUAGAACCAAUGCAACAACUGUUUCAGCAACACACUCAGGGUGAUAACCAGUUAAAUGAGCUUCGGGAUGACCUGUCAGUUACCCCUACCCAGCUACUCACCAUGCCAGCGGGUGGGGUCACUCUCUAUGGCCUGAAGUAUAACAUUGCUGUAGGGAUCCUAUUUAUUGAGGCAUGGCUUAGAGGGAAAGGUCAUUUCUUCUACAAGGGACAAGUGGAGGAUUCAGCCACAGCAGAGAUCUCCAGAUCCCAGGUGUGGCAGUGGAUCCGUCACCAUGCAAGGUUAGAGGACGACGACAGCGAGGUCACCAGUGGUCUGGUGAAGAGCCUGACCCAGGAAGUGAGAGAAGAGCUAAGGGAAGUCCUACAAUGUUCCACUGUGAGAGAUGUGCAGAGGCUUCUCACUGCUACUUCCAUGUUCCUGGAGGUUGUGCAAAAGAGCGAGUUCCCAGAAUUCCUCACCACCUACCUGAGCCAGGACCACACCUUCCUUGCCUCCCAGGUAGAAAAUGAGGAGGUAGAUGCUGGGGGGGUUCCCAGGCACAAGCUGUGACCCUCCAUUUUGGAUACACAUGGAGAAACUGCCUGCCUUCCAUUGAAAAAGAUAAUAAAUUCUUUCUUCAAUUGAAUAAAGCAAUAAAAUGCAUUCA